GUUCGAGGACAUUGUUUACCUAAACUAUGAUUUGUGUUUUUCACGUGUUUUGAUUUGGUUAUUUAAAUGUUUUAUUUCUCUGUUACUCAUAAUGUCUUCAGCUGGAGCUCUUUGGUUUGCUGUUCAAGAUGAUGUAUUCUCAAGUGCUUGUAUCGACACGCCGGCCACAAUCGUCAGUGCAACUCGAGACAAGCAUCCCAGUCAGAGCAGCACGACCACGAGUAACGUUACUUCAGACUCAGAGAGGCACAGUCUCCUAGAUCGGUUUGACGAUUCCUUUCUGUUGCAGAAUUUCCAUCUCAGUCGACAAUGUCUGCGUUUCAUCAUUGAUUACAUGCACUCCCGUUUAAAAAAAGACAUAUAUGCAGCAUCAAACAGCUUGAUGUCCACAGAAGCCAGGAGUUUAGCCGCUGUUUACUUUCACGCCAAUGGAUCACUGACCAAUUUAAUCACAGAACGACUAGAAAUUGACCUGAACGAGGCUCGUGAGGCUGUUAAAACCCUUACAAAACUGCUGUCAGACACUAGUCCAGAUUUCAUUACCUUCCCCAGCAGUUAUAAUGACCGCAUGGGUGCAGCACAUGUCUUUAAAAACGUCAGUGGGAUCCCUCAUGUGGUGGGUGUAUUGGGGUAUUUUCAUGUACAGGUUACCCCUCCACCCGGCCAGGAGCAGAUGUUCGUGAAUACUCUCGGUUAUCAUUCAGCUAUGAUGCAGGUCAUAUUUGAUUUGGACGGGAAUAUCUUGAGUCUGGAGCAGUGCUGUCCUGGAGGAACACCCGAGCACAGUGUUUGGGCAAGCACGGUUAUCGGCAAGCAGUUUACCACAUUUCAACACGGCCAUUCAUGGGUUUUAGGUGGCAGGGGUCUUUUCGGUGGUGGACAUGUUUUGACCCCUAUAAUGGACCCUUCCAUCAAAACCAAAGCUGUCAAGCGUUUUAACAAAGCACAUGCUCUGGUAUAUGGUCAUGUGCAGCAGGUCUUUGGUGCUCUGAAAAGUCGUUUCCAAUGCCUGCGUGAUAUCGGCUCCUUUCAGACGCUGAAGUCAGUGGCAUACACCGUCAAAGCCUGCUGUGUCCUGCACAACAUCUCUAAGAAGUUCUCAGUUCCUUUACCCUGCAAUUGUAUCCUGGAGCCAAUUCAUCCGCCAUCAAGUGCGGUGACCAGCACAGCAGAGCUGCCAUAUGACUACAUGGAAGACACUAAAAAUGAGAUGAUAGAGAUGUUUUUUGGUCAUGCAGAGGGUCAUGAGGAUGAUGACUGAGGUGUGUAUAAAUUGUAUUUAGUACAAUUAUCGAUUGCUGUGUAUUAAAUGUGUUCAAACACAAAGUGAUAAAUGUAUGUAUAUUUUUAUACCAUAUUUUAUGAUUGACAAGACAUUUAGUUUGGUUUCUAUUCCAGUGAUUUUAUUUUCCAAUCUCAUUGGUUCAAAAUCUCAUUUCAGAAGAGUACUAUUUAAAAUGUGGUCUCAUGAUUUUCAAUCCAUGCAGUAGUUUUAACAGUCAAUGUAAAAAGACAGUUAACUGUAAUAAAAACAUUACUGCAAUUAUGUAAUUUAUUUUUCUUACAGCUACAUAUCUGUAUAACAUUUCUAGCAGAUGAAUCCAAAAUGAACAGUAUAUAAUCAAGUGCCUAGCAUAAGCUUCACUUGCUAAAGUGACUAACAAUUCAGUGCAAAAUAUCAUAUAUCUGGCAGAUACAGGCAGCAGAUUUAUCACAAUCAGCAUUCUCACAAUGUUUAAUAACCUAACAAGUACAGUUUAUUUGGUCAAAUCUGAAAUAAUACUUGCAGACUUAAAUUAAUAUUGAACACAUUCACUUUUCAAAUUGUACAAAUUGUUCUUUUCAAUAAAAAAAUAUAUUUUAAAGCACCAUA